CGGGCGACGGGUUGGCUGCCUCGCCUGCGGAAAUAAUGGAGACACUCGACAGUCCGCCUGCUCACUAACUUUGAGUUGCCUCCAUUCCACUCCUCGCGCGACGCAUUCUGCAGCGCCGACGAGGGUCGAAGCUCCGCACAUGACAAUUCCUUCCACUUGCAGCUGCAGAUGGAUCUGUCGGUGAUAUAUAUUCUCCCAUGGGCCGACCAACGGGCCGCUGCAUCCAGUCUUUGUCUGGGGUUCCCUACUGCUUGUUUCCUUGAGGACAGGGAUUGAGCACGCAUACGGAUACUCGCGCAUAUUGCCUGGUCUUGUCGCUGUAUCACUUUCUCUCUCUCUUUUCUCUCUCUGCGUUUCCAACUGCACUGCACUGCAAGUGCACAUACACACAUCUCCAUCAUGACCGACAAGUCCGAGAUUGAGAGUCUCGAUCUUGUAGUCAUUGGCGCUGGCUGGUCUGGCCUCGCCGCCCUAAAAACAUAUCGGCAAAUCCACCCGAGCGCCUCGACAUGCCUCGUCGAAAGCGCCUCGUCCGUCGGCGGCGUCUGGGCGCGCGACCGGCUGUGGGACGGCCUCAAGGCGAACAACAUGCGCGGCACAUACGAGUACUCGGAUUUCCCCAUGGAUGAUUCGUUUGGUGUCAAGGAGGGCGAACAUAUCCCUGGCCAUGUUGUGCUGGCGUAUUUGGAGAGGUAUGUAGAGCAUUUUGGGUUGGGGGAGUCGAUUCGGUUAGGGGCGAGGGUGGGGGUUGUUGAGCAUGUGGAGGGCGAGGGGGUUGAGUUUCCGUGGCGGAUCACGUAUACGCUCUCCAGCUCUCCAGAAGGAGAAUCCUCGACAGAGACAAAAGUACUGCGCACCCGCAAACUCAUCCUCGCAACGGGGUUGACAUCGCAACCCUACCUCCCGCACAUCCCCGGCCAAGAAUCCUUCGGCGCCCCCGUCCUACACACCAGCUCGAUGCCGCAGUACCACAAGUCCGUGGUCACAAACCCCUCGAGCCGGAUCGCCAUCUACGGCGCGACAAAGUCCGCCUGGGACGCCGUGUACGCGGCCGCCACCGCAGGCGCAUCCGUCGACUGGAUCAUCCGCGACAACGGGCACGGCCCCGUGUGGAUGAGUCCCGCGUACGUGACGCCGCUGAAGCGGUGGCUUGAGAAGCUGACUGCGACGAGGCUUCUGCAGUGGUUCAGCCCGUGUAUCUGGAACGAGCCUGUUGCGGAUGGCGGGGCGCGGGUGAGGGGGUUCUUGCACGGGACGUGGGCGGGGCGGAAGAUUGUGGAUGCGUUCUGGGGCGUGUUGAGGAACGACGUCGAGACGCUGAAUCGGUUCGACGCGCAUCCCGAGACGAAGAAGCUCAAGCCCUGGAUUUCGCCGUUCUGGGUCGCGAGCGGGCUGAGUAUCCUCAACUAUCCGACGGAUUUCUUUGAUCUCGUCACCAAGACGAACAAAGUGCGCAUCCACACGGACCACAUCACGGCUCUCGAUGCGAACGGGACCAUCCACCUCGCGAACUCGCCGCCGCUGCUGAACAUUGACGCGCUCAUCGUGGCUUCGGGCUGGAAACCCACGCCGGAGAUCGAAUUCCGGCCCGCGACGCUGCCCUCCGAACUGGGCUUCCCCUCCGCGCCGGAUCCGCUCCCUGCGUCACUCGUGGCAGCGGCAGACGAGGAGAUCCUCCGCCGGUUUCCGAGACUGAAGACGCGGCCCGUCGUGGAUCGUCCGGCGCCGUAUACACCACUCGCACAGGACGCGCAGAGCGAGGCGCAGGCGCUGCAUCCGUACCGGCUCACCCGGUUCAUCGUCCCCGUGGGGAAACUGGCGCAAGAGCGCAGCAUCGCGUUUGUCGGCGUGCCCAUGACGAUCAACACGUCUCUGAUUGCCCAGACGCAGGCGCUCUGGGUCACGGCGUUCUUCUCGAACCGCCUCUCGCUCGACGACACGGUGACGGAGACGUGUCCCGGGGACGUGGCGUCUCUCCUUGAGAAAACGACUGCAUCCACCUCGCCAUCUACAUCUCCCUGCGAAUCCGCCCCUACACAAGCAGAAGCAAACGUCCUCUGGGAAACAGCCCUGCACACCCAAUUCGGGGUGCACCGAUACCCCGGCGGGCUCGGCAAACGGAAUCCAGAUUUCGUCUUUGACGCAAUUCCCUAUGUCGAUGUUCUGCUGAAGGAUUUGGGGGUUAGUGGCGUGAGGAAAGAAGGGAGUGGGUGGAAGCGGUUUGUUGAGCCGUGUGGGGUUGAGGAUUAUAGGGGCGUCCUGGGGGAGUGGAUUGCCAGCGAGGGGUUGCAACUGGGGCAAGAAAGGGUUUACUAGGGUGUCGAGGUGGCAUGGGGUAUACUCAACAGUAUAGGGCUGAUGGACGAGAUGAUGGAUGUUACUGCCGGAGGGGUUUUGUUUACGAUGCUGAAUCAGUAUCUACCAUGUGCUUGUCUUGUUUGUCAUACCCGAUUAUUUCGCUUAUUCCAUUCUGAUCUACUCUCAUUUCUUCUAUCCUAUCAUCCUGCCGGAGUUCCGUGUCGGUACCCGGAACGCCUGUGCGUAUCUAGUCCAGGAACCACAGUAAUAGGGUACUCGGUACCAGUUAACCCUUCAAACGCAUACGCAUCCCAGACAGCGUACCAAGAGUCCGUCAACUAAUAUCCCCUAGCACAGAAUUCACCCACCCAUCCAUCAUCGAUUCAUCCACCUCAAGCCCUGUAAGCUCCAAGCAGCGCACACCCAUCCACACCCCUCCCCUCCAAACCCCAACAGAUAGGCAGAUAGGGCUGAUCAAUACUCAAACCUCUCAAACAUCGCAACCCCCUCC